GCAGUUCACUGAAACAAAGAAUAAAUCAAAAAAGUCUGCCACAGGCUGAGGUAGCCGCCUCUUGUCUCUCUCCGACCGGCAUCGAUCAAUCCUCGACACCCCUUAUAUAUAUAUAUAUAGAUAUAUAGAUAUAUAGCUAUGUCCAUCUAUAUAUAUAUAUAUUCUUCAAGAUCGAUAUUAGUCAGAAGACACUUCAUCUCUUUCUCUUUUCUGUCUCUACCUUCUUUCUCCUCGGUUGCGAGAACAUCAUGAAGGACAAAUUUUAGGGCUUGACAUAUAAUCCUUUAUCCAAGAAGCUUCAAGGAAAUUAGGGUUUCAACUAUAGUUCUGUUGGUGGCUUUGGUAUGUGCAUGUGCAUGCAAAAGUUGUACAUAUAAGUUGAAGGUUUGUAGGUAUAUAUUUGUAGAAGAGAAAGGAGAUCAUAUAUAUAGGAGGAGAAUUCAUAGAUAGACAUGGAAGGAGGAGGAGGAGGAGGAGGAGGAGGUAAGAAUAGUGAGGAGAGUUUGCCACCAGGGUUUAGGUUUCAUCCCACAGAUGAAGAGCUCAUCACAUACUAUCUCACCCACAAGAUCUCCGAGGCCAAUUUCAGCGCGCGGGCGAUCGCGGAGGUCGAUCUCAACAAGUGCGAGCCGUGGGAUCUCCCAAGUAAGGCAAAAAUGGGAGAGAAAGAGUGGUACUUCUUCAGCCUGCGCGACCGCAAGUACCCGACCGGAGUGCGAACCAACCGCGCGACCAACGCGGGGUAUUGGAAGACGACAGGCAAAGACAAGGAGAUCUUCAACAGCCAAACCUCCGAGCUCGUCGGCAUGAAGAAGACCCUUGUCUUCUACAAAGGAAGAGCCCCAAGAGGGGAGAAGACCAAUUGGGUCAUGCAUGAGUAUAGAUUACACUCCAAAUCUUCACUUAAAUCCAACAAGGACGAGUGGGUGGUGUGCCGGGUGUUCAUGAAGAGCUCCGGGGGGAAGAAGUACCCGUCGUCCAAUACCCACCACCCACGUGGCGGCGGGGCCCACCCCUACGCCCUGGACCACCUGGGCCCGCCCCUCCUCCCCUCCCUCGUCCCGGCCGACCCCUUCUCCCGCAGCGCCUACCUGGCGGCGGCGACCGCUGAGCUCGCCGAGCUCUCCCGCUUCACCCGCGGCGGCGCCGCCCACCACCCGGCCUUCGCCACCCACAUCCAGCCCCACCCCGCCGCGUUUGUGGGGGGCCCUGCAGCGCCGUCGGCGGUGCCGUUCGCCCUCUCCGGCCUCAACUUAAACCUCGGGGCCCCGCCGCCCCCCGCCCCGAUCCUACGCGGAAUGUCGAUGCAGCUCAAUCAGCCCAUGCAAGUUCUGGCUGAUCAGCAACAACAACAGCAGCAGCAGCAGCACGCGUCAGUGCUGACCAACUGUGCUGGCAUGGCGGGAGACGGAGGGUUCGGUACUGCAGACAUGAGCGCUGCAGGGACCGGAAUCAGAUACCACCAGAAUCUGGACUCCUGUGUGGAGCUAGAGGGAUACUGGCCCUCUUACUGACGCAGUAGGAAAUGGGUCAUAAAUUAGAACUAUGGUGUUCUAUAUCUGUGUAACAUUACGUAGCUGUAAUAUUUAGUUGGAGUUUUUUCUUUUCUCUUCUUUUCUUUUCUUUUUUCUCUCUGUUUUCUCUUGUUGGUGGGAAACUAAGAUGUAGAAGUUCAGUAGAGAUGAUAACUUCUUUGCCUAAUGGAGUGGGAACUGUAGUGCAGUGUAAGUUAUUGCCAAGUUUGAAGUUUUCUUAUUACAAUUGCCAA